AGUAUGGAGCCCUCCAAAUCAGAGUCGCGGCAUCGCCUAAAUGCGGGGGGACCGAGCUCAUCGCCAGCAAGCUCUGGAGAAUACAUCAAGGUGGUGGAGUCCCAAUGCGAGACCGAUGGAUUCGUUAAUGAGCAUUGGACGGAACCGGCGACCCAAAGUCCAGUGCCCUGGAAAACCAUCGCUAUCAUACUAUUGCUUUUCAUCGGUGGCAUUAUUUGUAUCGCCUUUGCUACUCUAAACUGGGUGACGGAUACAAGCCGGGAGCGCUCGGAUCGGGUGUGGGCGUUGGGUAUUAUCGGGGCACUGACCUUUAUCCCGGGAAGCUACUAUGUCUAUGUCCUCUUCUGCAUAAUGCUCAACCGCAAUGGAUUCACCAUGGACGAGAUACGAAGACUGGGCUGACCAAAACACCAUGUUUCGUCAAUAGAGUUUAUUGCUUUUACACUACAGUUACAGUUCACACAUUUCAUUGGCAUAAUUUCUUUAGCAACAAUCUUAAUAUGUAGUUAAUAAUGAUACAUGUGUAUUGCCCCAGUAAUUGUAUAAAAAUAUUUUGUAAACACGA